CGUGGCGGCAGCAGGAGGCCCCAUUAGCUAAAGUGGUGCUUCAGGUUAAGAACAGUUUCAGGUUAAGAACGGACCUCCGGAACGAAUUAAGUACUUAACCCGAGGUACCACUGUACAUAAAUCCGGCACUGAUUCUUCAGCAUGAUGCUGUGCUGUUGCACAGUGGAGAGGGUAGGCGCCAGAAGAGAGCGCACUCUGCACAUGGUCAGGGGCGCCCUUCCCGCGCUUCCCUUCCAAGUGCUCCUUCCUUCCCUCGGCGCGAAGGCCAGUCCCAGGAUCUCCGGGCGCCUCGGGCGAGGUCUCCGCCCCGCACCCCAUCCCACCCCACCCCGGGCGGCCCUUUGCCUCUCACCUUCCCGCUGGGAGGCGGGGCCGAGGGAGGGCGCGCCCCUCCCGCCCCGCCAGGUGCCCUUUUUAACGGGCUGCCGAGGCGCCCGGGCGCCGAUUGCGCAGCGCCAUGCCGAGCCCGGGAGACGGCGGAGGAUCGCGACGCAGGAGCAGCGGCCGGCAACAUGCGCCCGCCGGAGAAACCUCUGCUGCUGCUGCCGCCGCCCCUGCGCGUCUCGGUCGCCGCGGCCGCUUGCUGCCUGCUGCUCCUGCAGCCUGACUGGGAAGGAAACGCUAACUCAGUUUCCUCUGCUGGGGCCCUCGAACAACCCUGCCCACUGGAAGGCUCACCUGAAGCAAUGCGACCUGCUCCGCUUAUCCCGUAAGCAGAAAAGGCUUUGCCGCCGAGAGCCAGGCCUGGCCGAGACCCUACGGGAUGCCAUCCGCCUCGGGGUUGUGGAGUGCCAGUAUCAGUUUCGCAACGAGCGCUGGAAUUGCAGUCUGGAUGGACGGGCUGACCUCCUGAAACGAGGUUUCAAGGAAACAGCCUUCCUGUACGCGGUGUCCUCGGCAGCUCUGACCCAUUCCCUCGCGCGGGCCUGCAGCGCUGGGCGCAUGGAGCGCUGCACCUGUGACGACUCUCCGGACUUGGAGAACCGCAAGGCGUGGCAGUGGGGAGUGUGCGGAGACAACCUCAAGUACAGCACGAGGUUCCUGAAAAACUUCCUGGGCCAGAAGAAGGUCGGGAAAGACCUGCGCGCCAAGGUGGACAUCCACAACACCAACGUUGGCAUUAAGGCCGUGAAGAACGGCCUCAAGACCACGUGCAAAUGCCACGGGGUUUCUGGCUCGUGUGCCGUGCGGACCUGCUGGAAGCAGCUGUCGCCUUUCCACGAGACGGGGAAGCUCCUCAAGCUUCGCUACGACGGCGCCGUCAAGGUCUUCAGUGCCACCAACGACGCGGUGGGCCAGUCGGAGCUGGCAAGCCCCCAGCCCCACAGCCACUUGCCCAAAGUCCCCGCCGGCCCACGCCCCACCGACCUGGUUUACAUGGAAGACUCUCCCAGCUUCUGCCGGCCCAGCCGGUACUCAGUGGGCACGGCCGGGAGGACCUGUUCCCGGGAGGCCAACUGCGACAGCAUGUGCUGCGGCCGGGGCUACAACAUCCAGACGCGCAUGGUGACCUUCUCCUGCCAUUGCCAGGUGCAGUGGUGCUGCUACGUCGAAUGCCAGCAGUGCAUGCAGGAGGAAGUGGUUUAUAGCUGCAAGCAGUGAGACGCGGGCGCUGGCAGAUCUUGCGGGGAGACCGGCCUGCUGUUCCUUGGACCGCACAGAAGGCCGGCAGCUCGACUCGGUCCUCUCCUUUGCAUCGGAUAUGGAAGUUAGCAAGGGGUGGGACUUGGAAGCUGCAGGAGUUCUGCAGCCCUGGAUUUUACGGUUCUGUGGACCAGCAGCCAAUCUCCAGGACUGCCUCUGCUGUGGGAAGGCCGGCACCAAGAAAAGAGUCAAGGACCUAUUCUUGUAAGAUAUCUAAGAAGCUGCCUUGCGUUGUCCAUCUAGCCCAGCCCAGGACUCUUGGCUGGGAGUGGUUGCCUGAGGUCUUGCGCAAGGGGUCUUCCCCAGCCAAAUUUUCUAAACGGCAAAUGAAACUGGAACCUGAGCUGUGCAAAGCAUGGACCAAGCUGCCAGAACUUCUCUAGAACAAGGCCCAAGGGUCUGGUUUAAGGCAGGGGUCUUGAGUCGCAGCUAGCCCAGGAAGAUCUGUUUCAAUGAGCUUCCAGGAGGGUGAAUGGAUGGGUUUUCCAUGGCCCCAACGCAGCAUUUUCUUUGAACCACGUGCCUCUUUCUGGGU